GAUACUCAGAAGCGAAAAUCGACAGAGGUUCGCCGAAACUAUAAAGAAGCUAUAAGAUUCGCUCUUCAUGACAACUUCGUGCUGUUACAUGUACUAUCGUAUUCCUACAAACAUUUAAAGAAAAUAAAACACAGAAGCACAGAGGAUUUAUGCACCAAAAAGUUUUAACCAACUCCCAAACAAACGGGAACUACCCCGUCCGGCGGAAGAAUCGAGGUUGUGCACAGGUUUAAGUACAUAAAAAGAGCGAAAUAAUGGUCUCACGGGUAACAGACUUUGUUGUACAAAACUAAGAUUGCUUUUCGCGGUACGCGUACGGCCAAAAUGUCUCUCCAAAGGAAAAUAUCGGCCUCAAAGAACGCCUCAAAGACCUACUGCUCCCCAGGAGAUAAAAUGGAUCCUGCCGACGUCCGACGCCACAACGAAGACAUCUCGUUCGAGUGCGAGGAGGGAGACCUUGUAGAGUUUCCCAGGGAGGGAGUCCACGCUCACUGGGUCGUGUAUAUUGGUCGUGGGAAGGUCAUUCACCUCACAGGGGAAAGUGCCAAGACGGCAAAGGUCCAGGAGGACCGGUUCUGGGACGUUGUCGGAGACAGCGUGGCCAAAAUCAACAACUACCUGGACAGGGAGAGAGACGUGCUGCCAACGGAUGAAAUCAUUGAGAAAGCUCGGUCUAAACUUGGAACAAAGAGAUACGACGCGGCGUCCUACAACUGCGAGCACUUCGCCACCUGGUGCCGCUACGGGGUGGAAUGGAGCCAGCAGGUGGAAAAUGCGAAAACCAUCGGAGUAGUGGCUACUGUGGUAACAGGCGUGGCUGCAGCUGCAGCAGCAGCAGUAAGGCUUGCACCCUGA